CAGACGAUGCCUCCACGCUGGAAUCAUCGAAAGUCCUCCACAGGCUGCACUCGCUGCAAGGCUCGCAAGGUUAAGUGCGACGAGAAGCGACCGCGAUGCAGCCACUGCGCUCGCCAUAAUGUAGACUGCGAAUACGCGACUCUGCCGACGCGAGUCUAUAACCUAGACCAGCGUGACCAGCGUGCGAUCCCCCAAAGCUCCAGAAGACAGCUCAUUCAAAAUAACCCCAAGCCGGCGCUGCGCGCGCCAGAAAUGGGGGCCAUGCGCAUCCUCGAGCUGCGACUGAUGCACCACUGGGUCACGGAGACAGCCGGUACAAUGAGCUCGGCGCAGGUGUCCUCGGUCCGCGACAUGUGGGGAAUGUCGGUGCCGCAGAUGGCGUUUGAGUAUGAGCCGCUCCUGCACACCCUCCUCGCCCUCGGGGCCGCGCACCGCGCAACCCUUCUCCCGCAGGAGGCCAACCAACUGCGCCCCGUGUACCAUGGCUACAUCGACUCCGCGCUGCAGCGGCAUCGUCAGCUCACCGCGAACCUCGACACCGCGGCCUCCGAGUCGACCUGUCUCAACGCCGUGCUAAUCUCCCUCUACACCCUUUUCCUGCGGUCGGAGGCAUCCACGGGGCCCUACGAGCCGCCGCUACUAUGGAUGUCGAUGCAAAGGGGCAUCCGAACGGUCAUGAGAACUGUUUAUCACCAACUCAUCCGGUCUAACUCCCUCUUAUGUCCGCUCCUACUGGCGCAGCCCACGCUCUGGGACUUGCAACGUGGAGGACACGUCUAUACGGGCCCCUUUAAGCCCUUCCACUUUCUACUUGAUUAUCGCCCCGGUCAGGAGGAGGUAGAUAACGAGACAGCCGAGACCUACCAACAGGCCGUGGCGUAUCUCGAAAACCUUUAUAUUUCUGUGCAGCUGGGCGAGACCGGGUUUGUGGUCCGGAAGAUGUUCAACGGGUUUCCGGCUGUUCUUCCCAUGCGCUUUAUUGAACUCAUUUCUCACCGACGUCCGCGUGCUCUCGUCAUCCUCGCUCAUCUUUUUGCUUGCGCGAAGAGCUCCGAGGAUAUCUGGUGGCUGAGGGGGAUUCCGGAGCGAGAGAUCAACGGGAUCAAUAGUAUCAUACCCCCGGAAUGGGAGUGGACCAUGACCUGGCCGCUGCAAGUUAUUUCUGCACAGGAUACUAGCAGUGGCUUGCCGACACCUGCGAUGACUCCCCAGUCAAUAGAUGAGCUCUCAUAA